CAUGCACACGCAUCUAUUUCUCGGCAAAUCUAUCUGGGUAUUCACAAGAAGAUGGCCGCCAUGGUGAGGUACGCACGAUUCUUGCAGACGUUGUGCAAAAAUGUAACUAUUCGACCAGCUGUAUAUGGAGUUAGCUCUGCAUUAAGUAGUAUUCAAAAUACACAAAUAACAUUUUGCCAAAAUAGGAGACAUAUAUCAUAUCAACUGUGGACAAACCAGUUUCAACCAACAUGGGCAUCACAGGUGAGAUACUAUGGUGGAUUGCCAGAUCUCACAUUUGAACAGAUCCGAGAUAGAGUUCUGUAUGUGCUCAAACUUUAUGACAAAGUCAAUCCGGAAAAGCUACAAUUGGAUAGUCACUUUAUGAAUGAUUUGGGUCUAGAUAGUCUUGAUCAAGUAGAAAUCAUUAUGGCAAUGGAGGAUGAAUUUGGUAAGUUGAUCUCAUCAUACUGUAAUCCCAUUAAUACAUAUCACCACAAUUAUCUACAAUUGGAUAGUCACUUUAUGAAUGAUUUGGGUCUAGAUAGUCUUGAUCAAGUAGAAAUCAUUAUGGCAAUGGAGGAUGAAUUCG